AUGAAAAACAUCUACAACUAUAUUUUUCACAGAGAAACAUUUGAACUAGAAUACGAGGUCCGAGGACUUUUCCAACAGGAAGACACGCUGCUUCCGAUCUUAGGACGAGGAGGGUUCGGCACAGUGUACAAGCUUAGAAACAACCUGGCUAUGAAAGUGCCAAAAUGCAUGGAAUACGGUUACCAUAUCCGAGAAGAAGUGAUCGUUAUGAAGCUAGCGCACAGCGACUUUGUUUUGGGGCUUGUCCACUCUUUUGAUGUCAGGCCAGAGCUAACGGUCUUAAUUUCGGAAAUAUGUCCAAUGGACCUGGAGGCCCUAAAAGAAUACUGCGAAAGAAAUUUCGACGCAGUUCCUCUCCGGAUGGUGCAAUUUAUUGCCACGUGCGUCUGUAAGGCAAUUGACCAUUUACACCAACUGCACAUGGCACACUGCGACAUCAAGGAUAACAAUGUCUUGAUCAGUCAGCAAGGGAUCCCCAAAUUGUGUGAUCUGGGGUCGGCUCACCCAUUGACCGAGGAUGGGGAAAGUAUUUGGGGACCGGGAUUGGUGAACUUCACCCUCCUUAAAAACCUGACCCCUGAAGUCCUGACUGGCACCUCCGCCUCUUGGAGAGUAGAUUUCUAUGCUCUUGGUGUCAUGUUGUUUGAGUUACUCGAAGGCAGAAUAUUACAUCUCAAUGUCUAUUCAGACACCCUCUGUGGAUUGAAGUUCCCAGCAAGCGUGAAGCCACUCGGAAAAAUCUUGCAUGGAACCAUCAUCUACACAGAUACAGAUUAUGUCUUCAGGGACCUUAUUGACAGUCUAGUUUGUUGGCUAUUCGACUAUUAUGUAAAUGACUUUCCAGACGACUUGGUCACUUCUCCCAUUUUGAGCAUUGCUCAGGAGGUAAUGACCAACGAUGAGAUGGUUUUGACACCGCUGAAUGAACACAGCAGCGUACACAGUGAAACCAGUGAAUCCGACUCCGAUUUGGCAGAAAUUCUGGCCUUUUACAACGAAGCCAGCGAUGGUUAG